AGGGUUAAUUGCACUCCAACCCUGGAGUUCUGAACAUAUUUCGUUCCGGCUUUUUUGCCAUUCCGUAGUGUUGAUUUCAUCAUCCGGUAGCUAUAGGCCCUAACGUGCCACGCUUGAUGUUGUGAUCAAGGGCCUAUUGUCAUUGUUAACACUCAUUUUUGCUGCGGAUGACCACUUUUCUCAGGGAAAGGUGAAUCGAACAGUUAAUUAUCACACGAUGAGGUGGUUUUUUUCCUACCACUGUUGAAACUUCAAAAAUAACUCGCCACGUGUACGGAGCAUUUUGUAAACAGACACUGGCAGUUUCGUCACUGUUUCGUCAUCCUGUUCACGUGUACUACAUAUAUAGUGACCGUACGGAUAGCGAAUAUGACCAAAUCCGAGUAUCGAGUAGGAAAUACAGAAGAUGCUGAAAUGCAGUUUGACCAAGAACAAGUACCAUGGUGGACCUCCAAACGCCUACAGCUAGCAAUCCUUGGAUUUUUUGGGUUCAUCAAUGUUUAUGCAUUGAGAGCCAAUAUGAGCGUAGCUGUAGUGUGUAUGGUCAACUGGACAGCGGUGCAUGAAAGGCAGAGAAAUUCUUCAUUUGGCAGUAAUGAUCAAGCCAUGUCCAGCAGCUGUGGUCUUGUGUCUGCCGGGUCAAACUUCACGGAAGCGCCAAAGUUUGAGGACGGAGAGUUUGACUGGAAUGAAGAUAUACAAGGUUAUGUCCUUGGAGCCUUUUUCUGGGGCUAUUUGGUUACACAGAUCCCAGGGGGGUGGAUUGCCACUCGAUUUGGAGGGAAGAAAGUGUUCGGUGUGAGCAUGAUGGCAGCCUCUGUAGCAACAUUUAUCACCCCUGUGGCAGCCCAGACAAGCCCCAUGUUCCUGAUUGUGUUACGUAUAAUCCUUGGAGUGUGUUCAGGAGUCACAUUUCCAGCUAUGCAUGCACUCUGGGGAAGUUGGGCUCCACCCUUAGAAAGAAGUAAACUGACAGCAUUCACAUAUGCAGGUGCACAGCUUGGUAACGUGAUCACUUUGCCACUGUCUGGUGUUCUAUGUAAAUAUGGUUUUGCCGGAGGUUGGCCGUCUAUAUUCUAUGUUUUGGGAAUGGUGAACCUCGUGUGGGUAGUAGUAUGGUGGAUCUUGGCUAGUGACAGUCCAACACAACAUAAAGGCAUCACCAAAGAGGAGAGAGAUUACAUCAAUCAUGCACUGUCAGAAUCUAAACACAAGGAAUCGGGCGGGAAGUUAAACGUUCCCUGGCUGAAGUUUUGCACAUCUGGCCCUGUUAUUGCUAUCAUCAUCGUCAACAUCAUGUCUGAUUGGGGAGCCUACACUCUGCUUGCAAAUAUUCCCUUAUACUUAAAGGAGGUCCUCAAGUUUGAUAUUGCCAAAAAUGGUCUGUAUUCUGCUCUUCCUUACAUCGUGUUCUGGGCUGUAAUCAACAUUGGUGGAUGGUUAGCAGACUACAUGACGAGGAAAUGUUUCACUGUAACUGUCACAAGAAAGGUAGUCAAUACGGUUGGUAUGAUCGUGCCUGCCCUUAUGCUGAUUGGCUUGGGUUAUGUGGAUUGUAGCUCUCCAAUCCUGGCCAUAGCCUUGCUGACCCUCGCUGUGGGACUGUCUGGUUUCCAGUAUAGUGGUUGGCUGGUCAAUCAUGUAGACAUUGCUCCUGUUUAUGCUGGCAUUCUGUUUGGAAUAUCAAACUCCAUUGCAUCAGUCACUGGUUUUGUCAGUCAGCAAGUUGUGGCUGCCAUCAGGAAACUGGAAGGAAUGGAUAUGCGGUCCCAGUGGCAGAUUGUCUUUUACGUGGCUUGUGGCAUGUACACAUUUGGAGCACUGGUAUUUAUUCUUCUGGGAAGUGGAGAACUUCAGCCUUGGGCAAUGGAGAAAAAGAGUCCAGAGGAUGAGGAUCUCAAUGAGGAUGAGGGGCGCAAUGUGGAUAUUGAGUUAGACCAAAUCUGUAAUAAGGAGUCUGCGAAAGUGAAUGGACACAGUGCUGCUCUGGCUUAAUAAGGAUGUUUCGGGUUUUAAUGUUAUAGUUUGAACAGUCAAUGUGAUGUAGUUGUUAAAUUUUACAGCUUUGACACUAUAUAUACUUGUAGUUGUAAACAUUUUGGAAAUUUCGUUAAUUUUUACAACUACACAUAAAUAUCAUAGCUUUAAUUAUUUGAUACAUAUGUAAUAUGUAUUAUUAUUACAACUUUGCAGAUUUGACAUAGUUGCUACAUUUUACUAAUUUGCUGCAAUUUUGUUUUGUGCAGUUUUGCAAAAAUAUAAUAAUUGUUACAAUUGUGCGUAUGAAUUUGUUAUAUGAUUUUAUCCAUUUGGCUCAAUAUUUUAUUGUUAUGAUGUCGCCUAUUUGACAUAGUUGUUACAUUUCUUGCCAAUUUGAUGUAAUUGUUAACAUUUUCGCCAAUUUGACAAUGUUUAAUACAGACUGGACAAUCAUUACUGCAGUGAUAUAUGGGAUCAGCUUACUUAAGAUAAAUACCUAUUUUUUUAAUAGUGACAAAAAAGUUUGUGGAAUGUAUUUUUUCCAACUGAACACUUUGAAUUUAACAUAAAAUUGUUGGUAAGGUUGCUUACUGUUUUGAGGGUCAUUUUGUUGCUUUUUAGAAAGGCUUGUUUAUAAAUAGUCAGAACACAAUGACCUCUCAUGACCUCUGAUUACCAUAUUGAUUAUAGACGAGUCAAUAUUCAUAAAAGAAACAAGUAUAUAGAUAAAUGGGUCAAAACUACAGGUGAAAUCUUGUGACAUCAAGGGCGUGUGUAUACUGUACAAUGCACCUGAUCAAUGAUUAGGUUGGUAUUCCGUCUUUGCGUAUUGCAGAGUUAUCUUCUCUUGAGA